AUGAGCCUUCUGCAACGAGGAAACGACGCCUUAAGCAUCAAUCCCCCUAUAGGAGUUGACGAAUCUCUGUCAAAACACGGCUCCGACUGGCUAUGCGCUGUGACAGCCAUCUACGACCUCGCCUUCCUCGCAAUUCUAGUUCCCUGCUUCACUACGCCCCCCCAAAAAAGAGUUUUCCACUACAUUCUCGCCUUCGCCCUCCUAGCCGGAACGACAACCUACUUCGCCCAAGCCUCCAAUCUAGGCUGGAGUACCGUUCUUUAA